AUGGGAAUUCCGGAGCUGUCCAUUGACCAGCGUGAAAUUACUCUGAGCAACCACUCUGGUGGCUUUUUCUAUUUGGCAUUAUAUGGAAGCGGAGCUCCCUUCUUUACAAAAGAUGCGUUUCAAGAUGUCUACCGACAGUUAAAAAGCAAUGUACAACAGGGUGAUAAAGUAUUACUUAAAGGGGCAGAUGGUGUAACAAUUGAAUAUGACAUUGAGGUUGGCAAAAUAUUGGAGGCAGAUGAUCCUGAUUUGGAAUACGUUACAAUGAAGCCCUACCUCAAUUAUACAUCACCCCUACUCCUUAUAGAAGGUGUAUAUUCCCAUGAAGCUGCAUACUGCGGCAUGAGAGUAUAUCAUAUACUGAUCUUGCGGAAUAAACAUACAAAGGAGCCGAUAGAAACAGAAAUACUGCCGUCUAUAGACACCGUUUUCACUCGCUUUAAGAGGCACUUGGAGGUUUGGGAGUCUAGCAAAACAUGUCUGGAGUUGCAAGCAACUUUGGAUAGGAUGGAAUUCCCCGCUAAUUUCAAGAUUGAUAAAAUUGUUGUAUUCGCAUAUCGAAUUUCUCAGACUUCUGAAGACUGGUUACAUCCUUUGGCAAAUAUUGCCGAGAGAAGGGUAUCAUACCAACAUGGAACGUAUGGAAUCGUUACGCAUGAGGAUCCUGAAGGCUUCCUUCUGAUUGAUGAUACUACCCUGGUGAUUUCAAUAAUGCCAAAUGUCCCUGUCAAAGAAACAGUUGCACAUAUUGCACAGCCGGCUAUGAUUGUAUGGGAUGCAGAUGAUGGCAAAAAGACGCUUUGCACGGAUCCAACGUCGUCGCGGGUUAAGGACUUUCUCAAAGGUUCCUAUUCUAAAACCGAGUUCCCUCACGACCCAGAUAACUUCAAAUCUGUGUCUAUAUAUACAAAGUUGAGUUCACCGCAUUUCACCAGAUGA